AUGUGGCUGGCCACGCCCGCCCAUCCCGGGACACGUGGCGGGCCCCUCCCACCCGUUCCUGGACAUGUGGUGAGCCCCACCCGCUCAUCACGAGACACAUGGCGGGCCACGCCCGCCUGCAGGACACGUGGCAGGCCACGCCCGCCUGCAGGACAACGUGGCAGGCCGCACGCCCGCUGUCCCGAGACACGUGCCGGGCCUCGCCCGCCCAUCUCGGGACACGUGGUGGGGCCCGCCCACCCGCCCCUGGGACACGUGGGCAGUCCCUGCCCGCCUGUCCCAGGACGCGUGGUUUGGGAGCCCCACCCACCCGUCCCAGGACACGUGGCAAGCCUCACCCGCCCAUCCCGGGACACGUGGUGGGCGCCGCCCACCCGUCCCAGGACACGUGGCGGGCCCCUCCCAGGACAUGUGUUGAGCCCCGUCUGCCAUCCGGUGACACGUAGCGUGCCCCGCACAACCGUCCCAGUACACGUGGGCGGGCCCUGCCCGCCCAUCCCGGGACACGUGACGGGCCCCGCCCGCCCGUCCGGGAGCCCGUGGCGAACCCCACCCACCGUCCCAAGACAUGUGGGCGGCGCCCGCCUGUCCCAGGACACAUGGCGGGUCUCGCCCGCCUGUCCCGUCAUAGACGACACCUUUUCUUAG